GUCCCGCGUAAAAUCUCCUUGACGUGGCCCGACCCAGCGCUCCGUCCGGUGGGCCUUCCACAGGGCUGAAUGUGUGCCUUGGCGUCGGCGCAAUCCGUUCCUUCCUCACGGCGCAGGCAGGCGCCAGGGGCCAUGUCAUGGUCAUGCCUUCCUUCCUUGCUACAUACCAGGGAGUGACCUGGUCAGCGUAGCGCCCUCCCAGCUGCCUCUCACGGGCAUCGUCAUCAGCGCCCUCUCUGCUGCAAGUCAACAACCACCACCAGGCAUGGCAUCCAGCGUCGCUCUCAGGUGUCCAUACCAUGGCCUCUCCACAUCAUUCCCACGAACUACGGGGCUGGCGAUUCACCGACAGUGGCAUCGUCACCAGCACAUCCCGCCACGAGGGUGCGCCUGCACAGCCACCAAUGUCCACCGAAACCACGGCGUGCUCGUCAAGGGCCACGACUUGCGUCACCGCUGUAGCCCCGAGAAGCGGAAUUGAGCCACUACGUCCUCAGUAGGACCCCACGUGCCCUGGGCCGCAGCUCGAGGCCAGUCAGUCCAAGCAUCUCCUCAAUUCCUACAACGAGCCCUACCGAGUAUCAAAGCGGAACCAGACGUCUGCGCCCCGCCACCGCGGCCGCCCCCGCCCGGAGACUCGCUGUCCACCUAGGUUGCCGCUCGGCAGAGAUGUCAAUUGUUUGCGUCUUGCCUGGGAUCGGGGAGCCCCUUGCACGGCCGCCUUGCAAGGAUAUAUUCAAUGAGUGCUAGAUAAGGACACUCUGGGGGAAGAGAAGGAGGGGGCAUCAUCCCUGCCUGCCCAUGGUCUGGAUCGGAUUGUGUGAAGUGCCGAAGUCUCGGAGGACUUGGACCCGCCCAGCGU